AUUAAAAUAUUUAUUUUGAAGAUGAGCAUUAAUUGACAAUACAUUUAAUAUUUAAUAGAAUAGUGGAGAAAAAUAUUUUUAUAUUGAAAUUUUGAAAAAUCGUCGUGUUUGAGCUUCAAUUAUUUUAAAAUUAGGUCGUGGUGGUACAUCAAUAUCAAUACCUGGUGGUGAUUCUCGAAAAUGGACACAUAGUCGUCGUGGUGGUACAUCAAUAUCAAUACCUGGUGGUGAUUCUCGAAAAUGGACACGUAGUCGUCCGAAACGUCGAAAAUAUCAAAAUUUUCAAAAUUUCAACAUAAAAAUAUUUUUCUCCACUAUUCUAUUAAAUAUUAAAUGUAAUUUCUAUUUUCUACAUUCUUCUGUAAAAAAUUAA